AUGACUGCCGCUCGUGCUGGCGUUCUCGUUGCUGGGACUUCGAGACCUCCACUACCAAAUGCUCCGAGAAACCAAGGCCCCACCCCCCUCCUUGCAUCCUCGUCUUCGGGUCAUGUGGAUAUGAAACAGCCUAACAAUGCAUCUAUAGCUCCUGUUCCUGAUCAGACGGGCUGGCGAAAGAACAUUAACAUGGAACAUAGGAACAGUAUCAUUAGGAGAAUUGUAAAGUAUAUCUUACCGCAACCAGACCCGGCAGUGUACCAGGAUCCCCGGAUGUCGAACUUGAUUGAAUAUGCAAGAAAGGUAGAAAAUACCAUGUACACUACAGCUGAAGACAUGGAUGAAUAUUUUCGCCUACUUUCUGAACGUUGUUUGAAAAUAUAUAAUGAACUGGAAGAAAUUCGGAAGCGUCGUCGAAAUGCUGCAUCGGCGGCUUCGGCUAAACCUACCUCAUCAGCGUCAACUGACCCAACUGGUAGCACAGGACAACAGACCAAUUCAUCAGUGCCCUCAUCUCAGCAGCGUUUUCCUCUUCAAACCUCAGCACCAUUGACAGUGCCUAGUCAUAGUUUUCCCCCUAAUAACAAUUCGGAUACAUCUUUAUCUACCAGUGACGUCUCUUGCUCUUCGUACACUGAUGCCAAUUUGGCGAAGUUUGAUCGUGCUCUCUCAGCACAUAACCGCCUUCCAAUCAAGCCCGAAAACGGUCCGAUCGUCCAUUCUGAGCAGAAUAAUAAUUACACGCCGACAGCCACUGGCUUGUCUGUCGGCGCGACAUCCUACAAGACGGAUGAUACCGAGAAGUCUCGUUGCGCUCCCGGGCUCCCUGGAGGUGCCACCGAUACGCCCACCAGACCAUUUCCUUACAAACACGAAAAGCCCGAAGAAAAAGUCAAAGCCGAAGACUCGCUUUCCUCUGACUCGCGCUCCACCUCCACUUACGAAGCUGUGCAUACUGCAUCUCCUGCUGUAAAAGUUGACAAGUCAAACUGGAAAGUUUGGUCCAGAGAAGAACUUCUACGGCACUUUUUGCCUUUGCUGGCGGAAAUCUAUAAUGAUCGAAACGCUGAGCCGUUUAGAGACCCUGUGGAUCCUGUCGCUCUGCACAUCCCGGAUUACCCUCAGGUUAUAAAACAGCCUAUGGAUUUAGCAACAAUACGGAACAACCUGGAAGACGGAAAAUACAAGGACCCAUGGGAAGUCCUUGAUAGUUUUCGGCUGAUGUUCAAUAACGCGUGGCUUUACAAUAAGAAGACCUCAAAAGUGUACAAAAUGUGCACAAAGUUGUCCGAACUAUUCGAAAGUCAGGCUGACCCCGUCAUGCAGGCGAUGGGCUUUUGCUGUGGGCAUGAGUAUUCUUACCAACAAAUUUUGUACUGCAGUUCGUCCAACGUUUGUACGAUAAAUCGUGAUGCUACCUACUAUGUCUAUGAAAACACACCAAUCAGAAAAGAAUUAUUCGAGCGCAAAAAGAACAACGUGACAAUUAAUGAAGCCAACGAGGUUUGUAAGGAAUGUGGCAGACGUUGGCAUAAAGUGUGCGGACUUCAUAUGGAUGAAAUAUGGCCGGGCGGAUUUAUUUGUCAGGGAUGCUUGCACACUCGUGGAAUAAAACGCAAGGAGAACAGGUUUACCGCGAAAAGGCUUCCAAGCAAUAAACUGAGCACUUUUCUCGAAAAACGUGUCAACGACUUUUUAAAGAAAAAAGAGGUCGGCACUGGUGAGGUCACUAUACGUGUCUUAGCAAGUUCCGACAAAACGGUGGAAGUUAAGCCAUUGAUGCGCAGUCGUUUUACGGAAAGUGGUGAACUUUCCGAGAACUUUCCCUAUCGUUUGAAGGCUAUCUUUGCUUUUCAAGAAAUCGAUGGACAAGAUGUUUGCUUUUUUGGAUUAUACAUCCAAGAAUAUGGAUCGGAGUCGCCGCAACCAAAUCGCAGGCGUGUUUAUGUGGCUUACUUGGACUCUGUGUUUUACUUUCGACCGAAGCAGUAUCGAACAGAUGUCUACCAUGAAAUCCUCGUAGGCUAUCUUCAUUAUGCAAAGCGAUGCGGUUUUGUAAUGGCGCACAUUUGGGCAUGCCCUCCAGGUGAAGGAGAUGAUUACAUCUUCCACAUGCAUCCAGUUGAGCAGAGAAUACCGAAAGCCAAACGUCUUCAGGACUGGUAUCGCCGAAUGUUACAAAAAGCCAUGAUCGAAGGCAUCGUUGUGGACUUCAAAGAUAUUUUGAAGGAUGCUAUCGACCACCAUCUGGUUUCGCCUACAGAAAUUCCUUACUUCGAAGGGGACUUUUGGCCCAACACCCUUGAAGAAAUACUUCAGGUAACACUUGAACCGGUUCUUUUAUUAUAA